GAUGAAAAAUGUGGGAAACCACAACAAAAAAUCAUCAGAGAGUGGUAGCAGAGAUACCCCUGGGUCUGACGAUGCGUACAGCACACUUCAGAAGAACUACAGUGAGUUGCUGAGGGAGCACUCGAGAGCCCUCAUAGCUGUUGAUCAGCUGAGAGUGGCCAAGUAUCUGGCAUGUCCUCGAGUUUAUCAAAGCAAGGGCGUUGGAACACCGAUUGAAACGCAGACAGACAACCCGGAAAUUCCGGCAGAUAUGGAGGCAGCAGUGACGGAACUGGAAGCCCAGAUCUCGGAGUGUGUGCCCCUGUUUACAGGGAACAGUGAUCCUGUGGGAGAUCUACAGGUGCUUCUUCAGGGAUUACAGGGGGAGUUAGCUGAAUGUCUUAGAAACAGUGACGAGAUCAACUGCCAUCUAAAGGAGAGGAUCCUCCUCACGGAACGGUCAGGGAGGUUUAAAAGUCAGUAACUCAGACAACUCGAUAGCUUCCUCCAAUUCCAAACGGAUGUUGUACUGCACUCCUAUUGUUGGGUCUCAACCUCCCUCACGGGCCUCUACUCCUGCUAAAGGAUAUGACUUCAACCCAGGCCCGGGCAGCUAUGCGAACAGUGAAUACAACUGUGAAGUACAGGAUAUCAUGUCAGGAAGAAGUGAAGCUAGACGGAACAGUGAAGCCUCACCUCGACAGUUCGAGAAUAACAGUGUCUCGCCCCGACAGUUUGAGAACAAUACUUCUACCCGGCAAUAUGAUGGAAGGAAGGGAAGUGUUGAUGAAGAGAUCGCUAAGAGGCAACCCAUCAGAGCCAAGAGAUCCAGAGUGCUGAGGAGGGAUAACAAGGUAGUUACAGCUGGGUACGACAGUGGAUACAACGAGGAAGGAAGCAGGAAGUCCUCACCUAACAGACAGGUCUCACUCGGCAGCCCUAAGACCUCCCCCAGAUCAGCUCAGGAGUUCAGAUCCGAGAUAUCGAUGGUACGUGAUGACGUCCAGGAGCUGGCGGAUCGUCUCCGUAAUCUGAGGUCCUCUAUAAACUCUUCCAGAUCCUCUUCUCCUGUCCUACCUCCCAGGAACAAUAACAGAGAGGCUAUCCGUGAUAGACUGAGACGGCUACAGUGUGGAAGUCCAGCAGAUUUCGACGUAAGAUCAGGACGAGGUGCCUCUCCGGACCACUCCGGACACGAUAGAUACCGGAGUAGCUCACCUCAGGCACAACACAGAAGUAGCUCACCUCGAGGCUACAACCGAAGUAGCUCACCAGCCGGACAUUCCCAUAACAGGAGCAGUUCUCCUCGAGCUUACAACAGGAGUAGUAGUCCGGGGGCACGGCAUAUCGCACCCAGAAGUCCUGUACUCGGAUAUAAUAGACCCUCCUCGAGAUCCCAUUCGCCAGACGUCAGAAAUUACAGGGACAGCAGACAUCUGUUCUACGACCGACCUCCGGAAGUUGGGCAUAAUGGGUAUCCACCAAAACCACCUAUAGAAGUAGGUGUUCGCAUCGGAGGUCCCUCUUCAGCAGCUAAUUUCGAUGUCGGACCCUCUCAUUCGCCCAGAGCAGUUUAUCCUAUUGAAACUUUCCAGAAUAAUGACCCCUUGCAAAAUUACGAUCCCCAUUACAAUUGCGUAUCUCCGACCUCCGGAUUAGAAACGCACUUCCACUUCAACUUCCACGGCAAUAAUGGGGAUUACGGGCUCAGGUAACUAAUUCUGUACUGUGUCCGACAAGGAACAACGAGAAUGGUCACGUGACCCAGCCCCCCACCUAUCCUGUGUUCAGACAGACUUCCUUCUGAGAGGAUCUCCGCACCCACCUUCGGACCACACUUCAACCUCCACCCCCGGACCUUGACUUCGUCCCUCUUUCUCCGAUCAUUUAGCUGGAGAAAUAUCCAGAAGGUUUGGAGGGAAGAAACAGGAGAGGAUCAAUGUCUGUAGUGUAUACUUUCUGGGUAAAAAAAGCUGGUGUUCAGAAACUGUAUUGAACCUGAGUGUCCGCGAGAUUAUUGUCAUCUCAGAAAGAACAGGAUUUAGAGAACUAUAACUUGCUUGCAUGAAUAGAUAUUUAUUUAAUGAACACUUGAUAGAGUGAUCCUGCGUGUCACACUUAUCUUGAGUCGUUGCUGAGUGGCUAGGACUGAGUUGGGUUAUCUCAUGCCCAAAUAUGGUAAACAUUGAGUUGUUGCUGAGUGGCUAGGACUGAGUUGGGUUAUCUCAUGCCCAAAUAUGGUAAACAUUGAGUUGUUGCUGAGUGGCUAGGACUGAGUUGGGUUAUCUCAUGCCCAAAUAUGGUAAACAUUAGAUUAAAUGAAGUUGUUAUUUGUAGGUGAUAUAUUCUGAUUAGAUUCCACGGAGUUCCUUGAAUUGGGUCCAUAGUUAUAUUUUCAUGACACUUAGCUUUCUUACUCUAUAUUAACUUUUUAAGCAUUAAGUGCUAACAAAGUAACAACUUUGCAGCUGUGGGAAAAUUUAGGAAGCUGUGUUGUAAAAUCAUCGAGGACUAAAAUUCUUUACCGAUGGACUGUAGUAUUAUACAUUUUAUUUAGAUUUUUAAGUUUUUCUCUCCUUUUAUUUAAAUCGUGAUAAAUCAAAUAAAAAGAUAUAACAAUUGUUCAUUUUGAAAAGAAACAUAAAUAAUGUACAACAAUUUGUAUAGUUUUUGUGGUAAGUUAUUUUUAUUCAUUUUGCAAUCUUAUUUGAGAUUCCGUUUGCAUGAAC